AGCCGAGCGACAAUCACGAACCACACAUCAGCUUACGUCAUAAAUUAUAUUCGGAUAAGUGGCAACUAUUUAUGGAGUCGUUUUACGUCAGUUGCUGUUCUCGACGCUGUCGUCAGCCUGCCAACGUCUCAGCACAGUUACCGAUCACCCGUGUCUGUAGCUCCUCCAUGUAAGGCUACGAGACGGUCGUCUCGGUCCGUGGCUUAAUUUAAACGGCUGGAAUCGCGUCGGUUUAUUUACGGUUAGCCAGCUAGCUAGCUCGUUAACGACGGUUACCGGGGUCCUACUGACAUUAUGUCAAUUGGAUUGAGAAAUAACGUAGCGCGUGUUCAACUGGAGAUUUACAACGCUACAGGCCCAAGGCAGCGUUUUUAUUCGGUAGUGCCAAGUUCAAACCGAGACAUGUUGGUCGUGUUAUACGAUAGCUUCGUGUCUGUUUUCCUAACAUUAACAUAUUUGGCGUUUUUGAAGUAAUUACUAAUGUCUUGUGUUUCGCCGAACUAGCAAUCUUCACUUUUUUUUUUUUUUUUUUUAAGUGAGCGAACAGACACACCCAUCGUCACAAGAACAUGGAACAAUAUGAAGGCGAAGCGUUCAUGCACGUUAAGAUUAUCUAACAGUAUCCCUCACUGUCUUGUCUACACCUCGUAAUGACCUCCCGUUGGUUUGACUUUUAAUAAACCCUGAAAUGACAAAUGUCUUUAACUAGCACCCCGACUCCUUCAGCAAAUGACUUAGAAAAAUAUUAGUUCUGACCAAAUGUGUUUUAACUUCCACUGAAGUAUUUCACAAUGGCUCCUCAGCAUGGAUGUAGGUCUGUGUAUGUGAGACAAGCAUCCGUGCUGCUGUGUAGGACAUCUGUACUAAGCAUGCUUCUAUCUCAUUGCGUGCUCAUUCAAACACAUCGACAUCUUUUUUUUUUUCUCUGUGUCCAUAAAAUGCAAAGCAGAGAAGACUGUUCCAUUAGGUCCGCUGAAGUCAGACUUCCCAUGGAACAAGUAGUUACACUGGAACACCGGCUUUUCAUACCGAGCUUAACCAAAAAAGAAAAGUUUCCUCACCACUCGCGUAGAAAUGGCUGUGAUCCAACUUUCCUGUAAUAAGGAGUCUGCAAUUCAGUACAUUGCAGCGAUCGUGACACUUACAUUGCUACAUUCAUAAGCAAAGACUGCCAUGAGCUACCCUGGAUACCCUCAGGCAGGUGGAUACCCACAACAGCCCGGGGCCUACCCUCAGCAGCCUGGUGCCUACCCACCUCAGGCUGGAGGCUAUCCUCCCCAAGGUGGAGGCUACCCUCCUCAACCUGGUAGCUACCCUCCUCAGGCUGGUGGCUACCCUCCUCAGGCUGGUGGCUACCCUCCCCAAGCUGGUGGCUACCCUCCCCAAGCCGGUGGCUACCCUCCCCAGGCCGGAGGCUACCCUCCACAGGCCGGAGGCUACCCUCCACAGGCCGGAGGUUUUCCUCCUCAGGCUGGAGGUUUUCCGCCUCAGGCUGGAGGCUACCCACCGGCACCACCACAAGGCAGCUGGGGAGGUGGCCCUGCUGGUGGAUACCCCACCAUCGGUCUGGGCAACUUAUCCAACCCUGGGUACAAUGCUGGCAUGGCCAACCAGAUCUCUGCAGGCAUGGGUGGUUUUAAUCAAAACCCUUCCAUGUUCGCCCCAGCCUCUGGGGGGUACCCACCUGCCACUCAGCCUAGUGGGUACGGUGCCCCCUUCCCUAACCAACAGUCAAAUGGCCUGUACCCACAGCCAGGAGGGAUGCAGCACCCCCAAGGCCCAGGGAUGGGCUACCCCGGUCAGCCUGCACAGCCGAUGCCUGGGUAUGGAGGAGCACCAGCACCGAUGCCAGGUUACCCAAAGGUUCCUUCACCAAAUCCAUCCAUGCCAGCCUACGGAGGAGGAGGAGGAGGAGGAACCAUGCCAAUAGCUCCACCUGUCAACAGAGGAUUCAGAGGAACAAUCAAGGACUUUCCUGGAGCUGACCAGCUGAGAGACGUGGAGGUCCUGAGGAAGGCCAUGAAGGGCUUUGGAACGGAUGAGCAAGCCAUCAUCGACCUCCUGGGUAGUCGCUCCAAUAGGCAGCGUACGCCUUUGCUCCGAGCCUACAAGACGUCCUAUGGGAAGGAUCUGGUUAAGGACCUACACUCCGAACUGUCUGGAGACUUUAGACAGCUGGUCAUGGCCACGUUGAAGACGCCAGCUGAGUUUGAUGCCUCUGAGCUCCACAGUGCCAUCAAGGGAGCCGGAACCGAUGAAGCCUGUCUUAUAGAGAUCUUGUCUUCUCGCUCCAACACUGAAAUCAGGGAGAUAAACCGCAUUUACAAACAAGAAUACAAGAAGAAGCUGGAGGAUGCCAUUAGCGGGGAUACUUCAGGCCACUUCCGCAGGCUCCUGAUCUCUCUGGCACAGGGUAAUCGUGACGAACGAGAGACCGUCGACAUCUCUCUGGCUAAACAGGAUGCUCAGUCCCUGUAUGCUGCUGGAGAAAACAAGCUUGGAACAGACGAGUCCAAGUUUAAUGCUAUUUUGUGUGCUCGGAGCAAACCCCAUCUCAGAGCAGUGUUUCUUCAGUACCAGCAGAUGUGUGGCAGAGAUAUCGAGAAGAGCAUCAACAGGGAGAUGUCCGGAGACCUGGAGGGUGGCAUGUUGGCAGUGGUGAAGUGUAUUAAGAACACAUCUGCCUAUUUUGCUGAGAGACUUUACAAGGCCAUGAAGGGAGCUGGGACCAAAGACACAACCCUGAUCCGGAUCAUGGUCUCCCGCUCUGAGGUUGACAUGCUGGAUAUUCGCCAGGAUUAUGUCAAAAACUACGGCAAGUCGCUGUACACACACAUCUCUGGAGACACAUCAGGAGACUACAAGAAACUCCUGCUGAAGUUCUGUGGGGGCAGUGACUGAGAAGGAAACCGUGACUACUACAUUAUAGAAAUGUUCUAUAAAUAUCUGUCCUCAGCCUUAUCUAUAUGCACUAUAAACAAUCUGUAAACCUGCAUGCUAUGCCAGUACUCUCAAUGCAAUGUUUACCUAGUUUCAGGAACCUAGUCUAUAUUGCUGUUUCUUUUCUAUAUACAGUUCGCACAAAGAAAGUUGUAUAUUUUUCCACUAGUGGUGUCUUUGUUGGAUAUUUGGGUUUAACAUACAUGACCAUACAGUAGAUUUGAAAGAGAUUACAUUUUAUUUGUUAUAUUUUUAAGACGUUUUAUAUCAAUUUUGCCAAUAUUAUCAGAUAUCUAACGAUAUCUGUCUCGUUUACCAGCUAAUUUAGUAAUGUUCAGCAAUGCUGAAUAAAGUACGAGACAUAGAGUACACAGCAGCUAAGUGCCAAAGUUGUCUGUUAAUGUUUGCAAUUGUAUAAUCUAUUCUAUUCUACCCUUUUUCAUCCAUCAUAGUUGUGCUGUGUUUGCAUCGGCUGCUUUUAUUCAUGUUUUUACUCUUAGUUCCUGUUAUUCUAGCAUGUAAAGCUCAAGCAUCGCAUUUCAUGAAUUGUCAGUGAUUGUAUCUUUUUGAGUCUCAGAAAAGAGGUACUGAGAACUUGCGCUGGAAGUGUUUGAGGCUCAUCACAUGAAAUGCAUUGAAAUUAUUUGAAAAAUUCCAUAAAUAAACAAUCCUUA